CAGUAUCAUAACUAUGAACGCACGGGUGUGAUACUAGUAUUCUAUAGUACGAAAGAGAAUCCUACUAAAAAAGUUCCCGCCCAUAUGUGCUGCACCAACGAAUUAACUGCAAGACAUCACUUCCGGAUAUUAAUUAAAAACUGCAACUCCACAACCACCCACUCUUUCACUUCACAGCAUAUCAGUUGCAGCCUUGCAGAGGAGGAGGGUAUACGAACAGAGCACUAUAGAAAAAAUGUGGGCACGGCUGCUGCUUCUGUUCAUCCUUUACCCUCAAUUGCGCAAACGGAUAUGAACUCUAAGCGGCCGAAGAUUUGCAGAAGUUACCACUCGAGCUUGAUUCCUCUGAAGUUGCAAUCUUCGCGACGCCCUCAGAAAUCCUCGAAACCCUAAUUUCACGAUCCUCUCCAAUACAAGUCUAGGCUUCGAUUUCGUCCACAACCACAUCAAGAGCUCCAGCAUCAUCAUCACGGAUCCAUUGCAGGCUUCUUUAACAAGCAUACGGAAUCGUUUCCCUUAUCCAAUUAAAUCCGGGGCAAGGACUUGAACAAUCGCACGAUGGCAUCCAGAGAUCUAAACAAAUUGGUGAUGACGGUGACUGAGGGUACAUACGACUCUGGGUUUUGGACAUUGACCAGUAGGUCAUUAGCCUCACUUUUACCCAUUAGUAUAUGAUGGGAUAGGAAGAACGGAAAGGAACAUGUAAGAUAGGCCUAAGAGAGUGUGCGACCAGGCGAUGACGACAACCAGAGCAGACAACUCUGGUGUUUGGACAUCAAGGUAGCUAGACUUUCUUAUCUGGGACAAUAUCAUGUUCGGUGGUGAUUGGAUGCGGUGUAUUAGUUUGGGUCAAUUCCUAUUCAGGUGGUGGUGAAUGACAUUCGUGGUUCUUAGUUGGAGGGCGAGUCAUCAGAUCAACCUAAAGGGAAGAUGCAUUCACACUGGAAGUCUAAAUACACUCUUGUGAAAUGCCAACUUAUUCCUUGGCAGUGACUUUGUCUUUGAAACCAGAGACUAACAUCGAAGGCCGAUCACGUCCGAGAGAGCAAUCGAAACCAAUAAGAGGAUGAAGAUUGUAGCUGCAAAAGCAAAGGAUUAUUUUAUGCCACUUGCUUAUGCAGACUGUUGGAGUUGGU